GAAUUAUGUUUAAUAUAAUCUAUGGUGUGCAAAUCCUUCAGACCUGCUGUGUGAGGCAACCUAAAUUUAUUUUGUGCAGUGGUGGAAACCCUUCAACCUACAUCCUCAGUUUCUCGGGUCAAAAUUCACCCUCCAGUGGAUUAUUUUCUGGAAACAUUUGGAGAAACUUGUCUUCUUGGAUUCCACUGAGGGAGACAGCUGCUCAGUCAACACAAGAUGAUCCCAGAUUCCCUGGGAAAGGGAGAACUCUUGGUUCUGGUCAAAAUACUGCUGUCAAUUCGGAUUUAAACCUAGAAGGUAGACUUUUGGAUAAUAGUAGUUCCAAUAAUCCUUCAGAUAGUGCAGUGGCUGGUGCAGCGGAGUGGCGUUCAAAAGAAGGCGGUCACAGGUGAAUAAUGUAGUUGCAACCGGUGCUGGAGAUGCAACAGGGUUCAAUUGCUUCUGAUGAACAUAUCCAGAAGCUUGUAUCAAUGGGUUUUGAAAGGGUAACAGUUAGAUCCCAAGCAUUUUGCACCUUUUAUAGUUGUAUUGCAAGAAUUUUGUUUUAUCUGACUUUUAUGUAUCCCCUUUAUUUUGUCUGUUCGUAAUUGUAUUAUAUGAUGUUCGAUUUGCAAUGCAUGCA